AAUUUAACUUCUACCAAACAUUGGUUGGUCCAAAUAUCCUUGUUUGGCCUACAAACCAAACCAAAACAAAGAUACCUUUGGACGGCUGCUGGUAUCUUUACAUCAACAACACUCCAUAAUCCAAAUAAUUUACUAAUUUCCUUUUUCUCUUCGGUUUUAGCGGUUAUUGAGUGCACCACAUUGCUAACUUCACUCAUAACUACACACUCCAUUAUCUCCAUUUUCUCUUUCAUGGCUUCUUCUUUUCCUCUUUUUCAAUUCCCUACACUCCAUUCCUCUAAAUACAGACCCAUUUCAUCUACUAAAUUCAAUGAAAAUUUUACAAUUAGGUGUUCUUCAAAUGGAAGAGAGCCUGAGUCGGUAGACCAAGGAGUGAAGAAGGUGGAGAUGCUUCUAGAAGAGAAAAGGCGAGCUGAAUUGUCUGCUCGUAUUGCUUCCGGCGAGUUUACUGUUGAACAAUCUGGAUUCCCGUCAUUGCUCAAAAAUGGUUUGUCUAAAUUGGGUGUACCAAAGGAGUUUCUUGAGUUCUUCUCUCGAUGGACGGGUGAUUAUCCUCGCAUUCCAGAGGCAAAAGGAUCCAUCAGCGCAAUUCGGGAUGAGCCAUUCUUCAUCCCGCUUUAUGAGCUUUACCUUACUUAUGGAGGAAUUUUCCGGUUGAUUUUUGGUCCAAAGUCUUUCUUAAUAGUUUCUGAUCCAUCAAUAGCCAAACAUAUACUGAAAGAUAAUUCAAAGGCUUAUUCUAAGGGUAUCCUAGCUGAAAUAUUGGACUUUGUGAUGGGGAAGGGACUUAUACCUGCAGAUGGAGAAAUUUGGCGCGUCAGGCGGCGUGCCAUUGUACCAGCAUUGCAUCAAAAGUAUGUAGCAGCUAUGAUUGGCUUAUUUGGAAAAGCAACCGACAGGUUGUGUAAAAAGCUUGAUGUUGCUGCAUCUGAUGGAGAAGACGUAGAGAUGGAAUCACUAUUCUCCCGUCUAACAUUAGACAUCAUUGGCAAAGCUGUAUUUAAUUAUGAUUUUGACUCGUUAACUGUAGACACUGGUAUCGUGGAGGCUGUAUAUACAGUGCUUAGAGAAGCAGAAGAUCGAAGUACUGCACCGAUUCCUGUUUGGGAGUUGCCUAUCUGGAAAGAUAUCUCUCCAAAGCUUAAAAAGGUCAAUGCAGCUCUCAAGUUGAUUAAUGACACAUUGGAUGAUUUGAUUGCUCUAUGUAAGAGGAUGGUUGACGAAGAAGAGUUGCAGUUUCACGAGGAAUACAUGAAUGAAAAAGAUCCUAGCAUCCUCCAUUUCUUGUUAGCAUCUGGAGAUGAGGUCUCAAGCAAGCAACUCCGUGAUGACCUCAUGACAAUGCUUAUAGCCGGACAUGAAACAUCUGCGGCAGUGCUCACAUGGACCUUUUAUCUGUUGUCCAAGGAACCUAGUGUCAUGGCCAAGCUUCAAGAUGAGGUCGAUUCAGUUCUAGGGGAUAGGUUUCCAACCAUUGAAGAUCUAAAGAAACUCAGAUACACAACUCGUGUGAUUAAUGAAUCUUUAAGACUAUACCCACAGCCACCAGUCUUGAUUCGUCGUUCUAUUGAAGAGGACGUAGUUGGAGGUUACCCAAUUAAAAGGGGUGAAGACAUUUUCAUUUCUGUUUGGAACUUGCAUCGAUGCCCCAAUCAUUGGGAAGAAGCUGAUAGAUUCAAUCCUGAGAGGUGGCCACUAGAUGGACCUAACCCAAAUGAGACAAACCAAAAUUACAGUUACCUUCCCUUCGGCGGAGGACCAAGAAAAUGUGUUGGAGACAUGUUUGCCACAUUUGAGAAUAUAGUGGCAGUUGCAAUGCUUGUUCGACGGUUUGAUUUUCAAAUGGCUCUUGGAGCUCCUCCUGUUAAAAUGACAACUGGGGCUACUAUCCACACUACAGAAGGAUUAAAAAUGACUGUAACACAAAGAACAAAACCUCUAGUAAUGCCCAAAUUGGAGACGGCAACAUUAGAAGUAGAUGUCAACUCAGCGUCAAGCCAAAGAGCCGAAACGGAAGCUUCUACUGUUCGACCAUAAUAGAAUUGAAUCCAAAGCAACAACAAAUAGGGAUACUAUGUUUAGGGUCCUUAACCAUGAGCUGCCAGUCAAGAUAAAGAAGUCCAUAAUUUUAUAGUUCCUUUGCUGCAAGUAAUGGUUUACACUGUGGACCCUUAUAGGCAAAAAUCUCAUCAAAAUUGAAUCCACUUUUGGUGGCAUUCUUUUUCAAGCCUUGAAAUGGUCAAAUUUUAUUUCAAUCAAGCUCUCGAUUGUUGUAAUCAUCAGUAUUUGUUGUACCAGUAAAUUCUUCUUCUUCUGA